CUAUUAGAAACAGCCACGCAAACAACACGCAUCGUGAUCACGGUGGUGUUAGAAAUUCUUUCAAUGGAUAAUCUACCCUCUCCGUUGGUGGUAGAAAUUCUAAGCCGCCUGAAAGACUCAACCGAUCUAGCAAGAUGCUGACUCGUUUCAAACACCCGCAACUCCGCUUCCUCCGAAGUUCGUUCGUUGACUCUCAUCUGUUCCAUGUCUCGUUACCUCAAUUCACGUUCCCCAGAAACCAAGCACCUCAUCACCCCUUUCAAAAUCGUUUUCAACAACCUCGUUCUCCGUUCCCCCAAUCUCGAAUCUGUUACCAUCGGCGUUGAUCGUUCUCUUGUUGAGAUGCCCUUUGACGAUUUUGAAGAUGAAUCUGAUGAUCUUCACCUUACGGAUUUUAAUUUCAUUCAAGAUUGGCUUCCUUCGCUUUCCAACUCCAUUAAUUCGCCGUCUGUUUCUGAUUUCUGGGUUCAAUCUUGUUGGAGACGUUCACGAGCUUUGCCCCUCAUCUCUUCCACUUGCUACGGUUUGGUGCAAUUGGUGAUUAGGAACGCUUGGUUAGCUGUGGAUGGUUUGUGUUUGAUGCCAACAUUGACCAAUUUGACUCUUGAGUUUGUAAGAUUGGAUGAUGAGGAUUUGAACAUGAUCAAUACUUGUUUCCCUAACCUUAAGGAACUUAAUCUUAUUGGUGUUGGAGGACUUGAAGAGCCUAAGAUUAAUCUCUCACACCUUCAAACUUGUCAAUGGUCGGUUUCAAAUGCUCCUCUUUCUUUGGUUAUAUCUGCUCCAAGUCUUGUUGAUUUCCAUCUCAAGUGUGUCAAGCCUAGGCUGCUUUUCCUUGAAGCACCUUCUUUGUCAAACUUCAAUCUUUCUCUUGAGAACACUGAUGAGCUAAUGUUGAAAAAUUGUGGUAACAUACAAUGCCUUCAGCUUGAAGUGGAAUGCUUCUCUCUUGCUUACAUUUUAAGCAUGUUUCGCCACUGUGUGGUUUUAGAUAGACUAAGCUUAGAUUUUGUGAGAAGAACGGAGAGUUGUAGAGGUUGGAGUUGAUCGAGGAGGAGAGUUUGGUCUUGAUAAGUUAUCUAAGUUUAGGUUCUGAGGCUUGGCAUGUGAUGGAGAGUUCUUUCCGCAAGGUAAGUUGUGAAAAUGGGACUAGGAUGAAGACAUUGAAAGAGCUUGUUGCACAUAUAGUGGUCGUUGAAAUUGAGUUUACUCAUGCAUUUAUUUUCUCUGUUUUGGAUAAAUGCAACCUCUUGGGAGACGUUUCUCUGUUCAUCCACGGUCAUGCUGAUUCUUGUGUUGCGGGAAAUCUCAUCUCUGUGUGCAGAAGCAAAUUCACUGGAGUUAGAUGGAGAUGGGGAAUAUGGAAAGAAGGAAUCAAGGAUACUUUGGUUUCAGAUGGCAUCUAGUGUGUUUAAGGAAAAGGGAGAGUCGGUCUUUGAAUUGUUGUAGGUCUACAUUACAGAUUGUGUUACGGUUAGGAGUAGGGACACUGAAAGAUUUCGAAUAAAUUGUGUUGGAGCAGCUUCAUAGAGCAAGAGCAAGCUUCAAACGUUAAAACAUCACAAAAUAUCUAUUCAAACCUUUUCCCAAGUGUAGUGCAAACUAGGAAACCAUUAACUAGAAGUGGCGUUGGUUCGGUUUUCCACUUUAUGUAUAUUUGUAUAUAGAUCUUUGAACUGUUCUGAACAUAUGUAUAUUCUUGGAUUAUUGAUCCUUGUUGUUCACUUGUUCUUUCAAGUGAUGUUUAUUUAUAGAUAUAUUAUAAUAAAAA